CACUGCCUAGUGCCAAGGAUUCUAGAGGCCUUGCAAGAUCCUUCCGGUUAGGGCCCCACUCCUGCUGCGUCAGGCAGGCAACAUCCCUCAUUGCAAAAUUUCGCAGAAGUGUAGCGAACGUGGGUGGUUGGGAGGAAGAGAGGUGGGAGGUGGCAGAGUUCAAAGAGUAGGGAACAGAGUGACACCCCCCGGAUUACACAAACCCCCAAAGUCUGCCAAAGAGUGAGGACAGAUAGCGUUUGUGGAGCCUGGAAGCCAGGGAGUGCCGCGGUUAAAGGAGCCACAGCCCUUUCGAGAGCCGGCGGGAGACGCAGAGGCUUUGAGGACCUUAUCGACCAUGGUGCGCUUGCCCUGCCCGUUGCUGCUGCUGCUGCCCCUGCUGCGUGUGUCUGCGGCCACCCCGGAGCCCUGCCAAAUAGACGACGAAGACGUCCGCUGCGUCUGCAACUUCACGCAUCCGCAGCCGGACUGGUCCAGCGCCCUGCAGUGCGUGGCUGCCGUCGAGGUGGAGAUCCGCGGCGGCGGCCGGAGCCUGGAAGAGUUCCUUUUAAAGAGCGCCAGCGCCAACCCGAAGCAGUACGCGGACAUGCUCAAGGCGCUGCGCUUGCGGCGACUCACGGUGGGCGCUGCGCGGGUUCCUGCUCAGAUUCUGGCCCUGGUCCUGCAUGCGCUCGGGUUCUCCCGCCUCAAGGAACUGACGCUCGAGGACCUGGAGGUAACCGGCCAGGUACCGCCGCCGCUUCAGGAAACGCCGGGACCUGCGCUCACCACCCUCAGACUCCGUAAUGUGUCGUGGGCCACCGGAGGUGCCUGGCUCGGCGAACUGCAGCAGUGGCUCCAGCCAAGCCUCAAGGUACUGAAAGUGGCGCAAGCAAGCUCGCUUGCCUUUCCGUGCGCCCAGCUUCGCGCCUUCCCGGCUCUCACCACCCUGGACCUAUCUGACAAUCCCGGGCUGGGCGAGCGCGGGCUGACUGCAGCUCUCUGUCCGCGCAAGUUCCCGGCCCUCGAGGAUCUGGCGCUGCGCAACGCGGGGAUGGAGACACCCAGCGGCGUGUGCGCGGCGCUGGCGGGGGCGGGCGUGCAACCCCACCGCCUGGACCUCAGUCACAACUCGCUGCGCGCCACCGCCGCGGGCGCCCGGGAGUGUGUCUGGCCUGCCGCCCUGAGCUCUCUCAAUUUGUCAUUCGCUGAGCUGGAGCAAGUGCCUAAAGGACUGCCGCCCAAGCUCACCGUGCUUGAUCUCAGCUGCAACAAGCUGAACAGAGCGCCGCGGCCAGAGGAGCUGCCCGCCGUGGAUGACCUGACCCUGGAAGGGAAUCCCUAUAUGGAUCCUGAAGCCCUCCAGCACCAGGAAGACCCGAUGGCCUCUGGCGUGGUCCCACCCUGUGCGCGUUCCGCCUUGACCAUGGGGGUGUCGGGAACCCUGGCGCUGCUUCAGGGAGCCCGGGGCUUCGCCUAAGGCCCAAGGAAGGGGAAUUACUGGCUCAGACUGCCGUGGCUCCGGGGGAGCCUCCUCAGGACAACUCAACCAACCACCCCUCUGCCCCACCUUCAUUAAAAUCUUGAACAAC